AUGCUCACCGUCAUCGACACGCAGACUACUGUGACUCCUUGUAAAUUAGUUGCGACUCGUAUCAAUUGGUUGAGUCAGCCAAGCAUCGCAGCGGGAGUCAAGGACAACACGAUGAAUUGGCGGAUGCUCCUGCUCAUUCUUCUCCCUUUGGUCUACGGCCAGGAACAGCCGAUCAAGGUUUGGAGGAAGAACGCAAAUUGGGAAAAUAAGGAAAAUUGGGCAGGUGAAACGAAGCCGGAAUGCUCACGAGACACGGCGGAUUUCACAGCUGCUCCCCGAACUACCAUUUUUCUCUCCGGGAACUCCGCGGUCAAGGGGAUCCUCCUCGCAUCCGACAUGGCCUUUGUCCUCGGCAACGACCUUCGAAUGACCCUGGGAGCGUCGGUCGUGGACUCUAGCACGUGUUCCAGUUCCCAGAAGGUCUUCCAGCGGGGAGCUGACCUCUGGCACGACCCCAGGAACUGGCUGCAUACGGAACACCCAGAAGAACCCAAUCCAGUACCACACUUGGAGCGCAUCCCUUGCCACCACGAUGCUAUCUCCUUCCCGAGGGACAGCACCUUUAAGGUUGAGCUGCCCCCGGAAAGAACGUGGGCGGUGAAUCUGGGAAAGGUAAAGUACGGAGACGAUUGGUUGACUGGAGAUGCGUGGAGAAAGUUUCUCAAUUCAACCUUGGGAAAGUCACAGUUCACAGAAGGCAGUCUGGCUAAACUCUUGAUGGGGCAAGCCUGUCCUGAACCUUCUGGGUGUGUCUGCGGCAAUGCAGAAAUGCGGGAUGUCGUCUGUGGCCUCGUGAAGAAUACCUGCCCUCAACUUACGUGCGAUACACCCAUUAGACCAGAGGGAUCGUGCUGCGAUAUCUGUGGGUCGUAUCUGACGGUGCAGACAACGGAAAGUACGAUAACCUUGCAGACCCUCAAAGACAUAAUCAAGACAGCCCUCGCAAUCGAAGAUCUGACGUCUGUCAGAUCAUAUACAAGCAAAAUCAGUGCAGUAGAAAUACAGGUUGUUCUUGUACACGCUGAAGGACAACAUGGAAAGACUAUAUCUGCUGCAGAAGCGAUUGAAUCUCAAAUUCGAAAAAUGUUGCCUAAGAAUGCCAAUGUUGCUGCCUUUUCCAGUAGCUCAACAGGCCUGGGCUUCGGCGGUGGUCUCAUCUUCCUAAUCGUACUCCUUAUCGUUUUGGCCGCUGCUGGCUUCGGAUAUUUAGGCAUUUACCUUUACCAGAACGGAUACUACAGAAUUCGCAUACCCAUCGGUCACUUGCCUUGGGUGCACUUCAAUAACGACCCCACAGAAGCCACGGAACUGAGCGGGGAACAUCAUAUUAUUACUGCUUCCUGGAUGGAGCCCCACGAUCAGGGUGGCGAAGCAUCUGGAUUCAACAAUCCAAUUUAUUGCUCAGAUGCUCCAGAAAAAGACGGUGGAGUGUUGGUACGGGAAUCAGAGAUCCACGAGGACGGAACAACCCGGGCAAUCGAGAAUCCCAUUUACCAGCGAGACUUGGAAGGCAAAACACCAGAAGGAACUCAGGAGCCUGAGGGAAAGAAGCAGGAGAAAUCUGGGAAGGAUGGUUGA